GGCAUGCGAUAUAAACACUACAGGAGAUUUGUAAUAGACAUUACUCGUUGAAAAAUAGACGUUGACAACUUGGAGAAAAGUGUGCAAUUGUCAUCGAUUGUGUUCAAUUUUGUUUGUACUGGUAAGAGAGAAGUUAAUCAUGGCAGAUGUAUCCUCAGACAGUGAAUGCGAGCGACAGACUCCGAGUCCCUCGGAUGUGAAAGACAUUUCAUAUGAAAUUGACAACACUAAGUCGGACGCUUCAGUGAAAUUAACAUUUGGUGUUGAAUCUUUGAUACGUUCUUCUGGGGAGAAGAAAUCUGACUACAGUUCGAGUAGCGAUGAGGAAGCUUUGCCAGUACGGGCAAGUGCAGUUCAAACUUCUCCCAAAUCCCUAAACCCGUUUGGAAUGGACUGUAUAUUGAAUCGCGCUGGGCCCACCCCGUCGAAGGAGAACACCUCCCCAACUGCCGACCGCCACCCCAACCCCAUCUCCCCCGUGUGGGCCACAGAAUGUGUUACAAAACUACCGUGGCCCUUGAAACCAGGCGCUUUCACACCAAAGCAUGUAUCUCACCCCCCUAUCACACCUCCAAAAGUGAUGACAUUGAGGAAACACAAGCCCAACCGAAAACCAAGGACACCGUUCACCACAGCCCAGCUUCUCGCACUGGAGAGGAAGUUCCGACAAAAACAGUACCUCUCCAUAGCAGAACGAGCCGAAUUUUCAGCCUCUUUGAACCUAACCGAAACUCAAGUUAAGAUCUGGUUCCAGAACCGCAGAGCCAAGGCUAAGAGGCUCCAGGAAGCUGAACUUGAGAAGAUGAGGUUUGCUAGUAAACCUAUGCUACCUCCUGUAUUCGGGGUCGCUAUCCCCGCCUCAACCAGCAUCUACGGUUCCCUGUUAAAUUAUUCCGGUAUGGGCGGCCAGAGUGUUGUCUCGCCGUUUGGACUUUUUAACCCCAUGCAUGGCUCGGUGUAUACGAACUGAUCGUCAUUAUUUACGAUAUUCCAAAUGUGCUAUAUUUAUUCAUAAGAAGGUGUGUCUAUGUUAACCACAGGCGCAAUGCACGUGCAUCUUCAACUGGUGACCCGACGAAGGUACUUACAGCGUCAUUCAGUGCUGAUAUGAACUGGCUCGAUUGUCUAGCUGACAUUUCUUGUGAAUGUCCAUGUUAACAUAGGAAAUGAUAUCCAGUUUUGUUCAAACAAGAUGCUUUAAACAGAGCAUUUUAAUUGUUUUGUAAAUUAUUUUAUUGUGAAAUGUUUAAAAUAUUGUUACGAUUUGUAUAUAAGAUAAAACAGUAAAAGUCAAAGGACUC